CGGUCUUACGUUGCUCUGUACUAUCCCCUUCGUCAUACUGUGUCGGAGGACUUGUGCGUGUGUCUGAUAGGCCGUAGCAAUAGGACCGAAAGCAGUUUAAUAACUCUCAGAGAGAAGUUACGGAUUACGUGAUUUUGUAAAACAUCAAAAAUGAGCUACCAUAAACCAGACGAGAAAACCCUGCAGGGUCUGAAAGACAUCGCCAACAAACUAAGAAUAAACUCAAUCAAGGCAACAUGCGCAUCAAACUCUGGACACCCCUCCUCCUGCUGCAGUGCAGCGGAGCUCAUGUCUGUGCUGUUCUUCCACACCAUGCGCUACAAGGCCAAAGACCCACGCAACGCCUGCAACGACCGCUUCGUCUUGUCUAAGGGCCACGCUGCUCCCAUCCUGUAUGCUGCCUGGGCAGAGGCCGGCUUCGUCAAGGAGUCUGAGCUCCUGAACCUCCGGAAGCUUGACUGUGAGCUGGAGGGCCACCCCACCCCUAAACUAGAGUUUGUCGAUGUGGCCACUGGAUCCCUGGGACAGGGUCUCGGAGCAGCCUGUGGAAUGGCCUACACUGGCAAACACUUCGACAAGGCGAGCUACCGUGUGUACUGCAUGCUGGGAGACGGCGAAUGCUCAGAGGGCUCGGUGUGGGAGGCCAUGGCCUUCGCCUCCAACUACAAGCUGGACAACCUCGUGGUCAUCCUGGAUGUGAACCGGCUGGGCCAGAGCGAGCCCGCCCCCCUGCAGCACGACAUGGACACCUACAGGAAGCGCUGUGAGGCUUUUGGCUGGAACACGUACGUGGUGGACGGCCAUGAUGUGGAGGAACUGUGCAAGGCGCUCUGGCAAGCUCAGCAGGUCAAAGACAAGCCCACCGCCAUCGUGGCCAAAACCUACAAGGGCAAAGGACUGAACGGCAUUGAGGAUAAGGAUAACUGGCACGGGAAGCCCAUUCCCAAGGACCGUGUGGACGCCCUGCUCGCAGACCUGCAGAGCCAGAUCCAGUCUCCCAACAAGAGCCUCUCCCCUGAACUGCCCCAGGAUGACGUCAAGCCUGCGGACCGCUCAGCCAUUCGCCUCCCCUCUCCCCCAGCAUACAACAAGGGCGAUAAGAUUGCCACCAGGAAGGCUUACGGAGUGGCCCUGGCCAAGUUGGGACACGGCAGCCCAAGGGUGGUGGCCCUCGACGGCGACACCAAGAACUCCACGUUCGCCGAAACCUUCAAGAAGGCUCACCCUGACCGCUACAUCGAGUGCUUCAUUGCUGAGCAGAACAUGGUCAGCGUUGCCAUUGGAUGUGGCACCCGUGACCGCACUGUACCAUUCGCCAGCACCUUUGCCGCCUUCUUCUCCCGGGCCUAUGACCAGAUCCGCAUGGCCGCUAUCUCUCAGUCCAAUGUCAACCUGGUAGGCUCCCACUGUGGAGUCUCCAUUGGUGAGGACGGUCCAUCUCAGAUGGCCUUGGAGGACUUGGCCAUGUUCCGCGCUAUCCCCACAUGCACUGUGUUCUACCCCAGUGACGCGGUGUCCACUGAGAGGGCAGUGGAGCUCUGUGCCAACACCAAGGGCAUCUGUUUCAUUCGCACGAGUCGUCCUGAAAACGCAGUAAUCUAUUCUCCCAAUGAGAAGUUUGAGAUCGGACAUGCAAAGGUGGUGCGCCAGUCUGACAGUGACCGGGUGACUGUGAUUGGUGCUGGAGUGACUCUGCACGAAGCCCUCGCUGCUGCAGACAAGCUGGCUGGCGAAGGAGUGAACAUUCGUGUGAUUGACCCAUUCACCAUCAAACCCCUGGAUGCUACCACCAUCGUGUCCAGUGCCCGGGCCACUGGGGGCAAGAUUAUCACCGUGGAGGAUCAUUACAAAGAGGGUGGUCUGGGCGAGGCCGUGCUGGCAGCCGUGGCCGGCGAGCCAGGCGUCGUGGUGCAGUGCUUGGCCGUGAGCCGCGUGCCCCAGAGCGGCAAACCGCAGGAGCUCCUGGACCUGUUCGGCAUCAGUGCCAAGAGCAUCGUCGCAGCCGUCAAGGGCACCUUCGCCAACUGAAGAGGCAUCUUCAUCGACGCAUCAUUCUGCCACUUGGCCUCCCUAACCCUCUGCUUCCCCACCCCUCUGGCCUCUCCUUGCUGUGCGUAAACUAACACGAGCCAAGCUCACAAGCUACAGUCAUAGCAGCGGGUCAAGCCAGCACUUAGUAUAUUUAGGAAAUGUUGGGUUUAGAUGUAUCUAAUCAUGUUUUUUUUUUUUUUUGUCAAACAUUCCUCUUAACUCUUUGUACAGUUGGUAAACUCUGUGUAGUUAAUUCUACUGAUUCCACCUUGCUUUUUUAUUAUUUGAAAACUAUCAAAAUACUGUAGGUGUUUUUGUCAGAACUUGAGUGUAGUCAUUCUAGUUAAAAGGUUGUUUUUGAGAAGCAUGGCUUUUCUGAUUCUGCAUCACCCUGUCCGUCCAAGUGUUUAGUUCCUCAGAAAGAUGAGCGCAGGUCUCUUUUCACCAGUUAACAUUUCACAAUGUAGGUUUAAGACCUUGGCAGUCUUGUCUGUGGAGGCUGAAACGUACACACAGUGUGUAUUAGAUCAUUGGGACCGUUGUGAGUUGUUUGUGUUUGGGUCUAGCAUGUCAUUUCCACCUCUGAUAAUUUCCCCUGUUCUGACGACAUCCCAAUUCCUUUUUUUGUGUUCCCAUGUGUCGCAUUCCAUAGAAACAAUAAGUGUGUGGGUGUUUUUGGCCUCGACUCGCAGGUGCAUAUCAAUACAUAAUUCACUUUCCACGCCUUGCUUGUGCUUAUGGCGCAGGCUUUGCGAACGCCUUUUGUGUGAGGGCAAGGUGAUGAGUAUUGUAGUGGUGUAGCUUGUUUGGCCAGAUGUGACUUAACAUACUGGAAGUGACCUGUGUUACUAAAGGGUGCAGACCCUCCUCACGUGUGUGUGGGGGGGUAAAACAAACUAGUUUGUGUUGCCUUUGAGGGUGCUGUAAUAAAUACUUCAAGUCCAAAUCAAAA